CAGGUUGGAGAGUAUUCUUAGAAAUGCAUCAAUGAAGGAUAAGACAGUGAUAAUCACGACUUUGAACGAUGCAUGGGCAGAGCCAGGUUCCAUAUUUGACCUCUUUCUAGAGAGUUUUCGAGUAGGGAACCAGACGCAGCAACUUUUAAACCACUUGGUUGUAAUAACGUAUGACCCAAAGACACAUGAGCGUUGCCUUGCCAUGCACCAUCAUUGUUACCUAGUUGAAAACAAAGAGGGAAAUUUCACCGGUGAAAUGUUUUACAUGUCCCCAAACUACCUACAAUUGAUUUGGGGUAGAGCUAAACUCCUUGGUUCUGUCCUUGAGUUGGGAUACAACUUUCUGUUCACGGUAUAUACAUUCAUAAUUCGUACAUUUCUUUUGGAAGAAAAAGCUUCUUAAGAUCUUCACCAUUCUGUCACUCACCCUGCUACAAGGAGUUCAUGUUUUGACGACACUUUUCAUUAAAGGGGUUUAGUUUGGUUGUUUUUAAUUUGCAGGAUACAGACAUAAUGUGGCUCAGAGAUCCCUUCGGCCUAUUUUACGAAGAUGCAGAUUUCCAAAUAGCUUGUGAUUUCUUCAAUGGAAAUUCCAGUGACAUCGGCAACUUUCCAAAUGGAGGGUUUAAGUAUAUGAGAUCGAAUGAGAGAACGAUUUGGUUCAUAAAGUUCUGGAUCAACGCUAGGAUUUACUUCCCAGGAUUGGGAGAGCAAGCGGUGUUCAACAUGAUCAAACUGCAUCCCUUGAUUGCUGACAUGAAGGUGAAGAUCAGGUUCCUUAGCACUGAUUACUUUGGAGGGUUUUGUGAACCUAGCAAGGACCUCAACCAGGUCUCAACAAUGCAUGCCAAUUGCUGUAUUGGCAUAGAAAACAAAAUCCAUGAUCUCAAAAUUCUGCUUGAAGAUUGGAAGAAGUAUAUGGCAUUGUCUGACCAUGACAGAGAACACUUGAGUCAUUCUUGGACCGUACCACAACGUUGCGGACCUCAAUUACCAGCAGAUCCCUUACCAGAAAAUCCCUUGCCAGUAAAUCCUGAACCAUUACAAAAGGUAGCACAAUAAACAAAGGUUGUGAUUACACUUGUUGCUGACAUUUUAUAGGUAGAACAUCAAAUAAUACAAAA